GUAGGAAUGUUCUAUCCUCGAGUCUUUGUUUCCUGGCGGACCUUUUAAGUGACGGACACAUUGAUCCGGACAAGCAGCAACAAUGGUGGAAAUCCUUCAUCACCAAACUUGAUCAAGCAUUUGACCUCGAGAGACCAAGUCGUCUUCAUCAUUUUCUCGAGGGACGUGACUUGAGGAGCCUGGAUAUAUUCCUCACAUCUCGCCUAUUUUGGACUUCCAGUUCCGUGGGAUUUGCACUUGACUGAGUUGACGCGGUGCCGGCAUGGAUUCCUUCACGGCGGCGGCGUUCGUGAUGUGCGCUCUCACGGCCACAGUGUGCGGGGACAAAGGCACCGGCAAAGCCAGGAGUUGUUCGGAUAUACGCCACUUCUAUAGCGGGAAAAGCUUCUCCCUGGACGGCGUCCCUCAGUCCGAAAUAUCUGGGGAGCACCUGCGCAUCUGUCCCCAAGGCUACACCUGCUGCACCAGCGUCAUGGAGGAAAACCUGGCCAUGCUGAGCCGAGUGGAGAUGGAGAAAGUGCUCAAAGAGGCGGGGCGGACUUUACAGGUGUCCCUCAACGGGCAGUACAAGGUCUUCGACGGUUAUUUCCUGGAGUUGCUGAACAGCUCUGCCGUCGCUCUACAGGAGACGUUCACCUCCACCUGGGGCUUGUUCUACCUUCAGAAUUCCCAAGUGUUCACCGACCUCUACACAGAUUUGAGGCUCUACUGUCGCGGCUCCAACAUCAACCUGGAAGAAGCGCUGAAUGAGUUCUGGGGCCGGCUUUUAGAGAAACUCUUCUUCCAUGCAAACAGGCAGUAUUCCAUAGGGGACGACUACCUGGAGUGUGUAUCCAAACAGCUGGAGACGCUUCGCCCUUUCGGGGAGACACCUCGUGAUCUGAAGUUGAAGGUCACUCGCACGUUUGUGGCUGCUCGGUCUUUUGUCCAAGGACUGGUCGUCAGUGGAGAUGUGGUCCGCAAAGUAUCCCAAGUGCAGCUGAGCCAGGAGUGCAUGCAAGCCAUGAUGAGGAUGACUUAUUGUCCCCAUUGUCGAGGUAUGGCCUCUGCCAGACCUUGUGCCAACUACUGCAGCAACAUCCUCAAGGGUUGUCUGGCCAACCAGGCGGACCUUGACACAGAGUGGCUGCACCUGGCAGAGACCAUGAUGCAAGUGGCGGGGCGCUUCGAUGGCCCUUCUGGUGUGGAUGUGGUGGUCCUCUCUCUGCCCUCCCGCAUUUCAGAAGCUAUGCUCACCAUGGUGGACAAUAUGGAGUCCGUCAACGUUAAGUUGUUCCAGGCGUGUGGCAGCCUGCGAGAAAAGACCAGCAGCGGCAGCAGCAGCACAGAAGCCAACAUUUUCCCCAAGAAUGAAAAUCCCACAACGGAGGACAGGUCGGCGAGCAGCGCCAACAAACUCGGCCGCCUGGUGACGGACGUAACCGUGAGACUGAGGGACAUGCGGCCAUAUUGGAUCGAUCUUCCCAAAAUGCUGUGUAGCGACAGAGUGGCGGUUGGUGCGGGCGCUGAGGACCGCUGCUGGAACGGCAUCACUCGUGCCAGGUACCUUCCCGAGGUCAUGGGCGACGGUCUGGCCAGCCAGAUCAACAACCCUGAAGUGGAGAUCGACAUCACCAAGCCUGACAUGACAAUCAGGCAGCAGAUCAUGCAGCUGAAGAUCAUGACACACCGUCUGAAGAAUGCUCUCAACGGCAACGACGUGGACUUCCAAGACACCAGUGACGAUGCCAGCGGUUCUGGAAGCGGCACCAUCUGCACCGACGAAGCGUGCUCGCGGGGUCCUCGCACUGACGACACCUUGACGCCGUUUAGCAGAGAUUACCCCAACCCGCCAGAGAUCAAGAAGGUGGUGACAAACUCGACCAAUCAGAGCCUGCCCGGCGUCCUCGCCUACGUCCUCUCGCUGCUGGUUUUGCUGCUGCGCCGAUAAUUGGCGGGGAGGAGAGCGCAGCCACGCUUGGACUGAGGUCAGGGGGGACUGGGUUUGGGCUUUGCGAGGGUUCUGAAAAGGUGAAGGAGGAGCAGGUGAGAUGUUUGGGUGUUUGUUACUUUGCCAAAACGACACAUUAGAGGAAGAACUGCAGAAACGGGGGGGGGGGGGGCGCUCUUGUCCUUCAUGUCUCGCUAUAAUAUGACGCCAUUAGAGCUGAUCAUCUUAUGUUUUUAUGCUUCUGGUUUAUGGUGUAAUCACAACUCCAGUAGGGAGAGGGGGACAUUAAUUCAUGCAUUUGUUAUUUCUCCUUUUAACAGCACUUAGUGAUUUUAUGGUAUUAUUUAUUUGUUAACAACUGACCCUAGAGUGGAUUCACUCCCAAAUGCUACAUUGGAAACAGGCUGAGGCAAACUAACAUGGCGGCGAAACCAUUUGAUGCAUCAGGCCUCAGCACUUCAGAGGUAAUAAUAGCUGUGGAUCAUCUCAACCUGAACCCCCCCAAGCUUAAUCCAUGCAGGUCUCAAAUGACAGCAACCUUCUGGGCCCCAGGGCCCCCCGCCCUAGCAGCCAAGGCUUUGCAGGUCAGAAUUUUGGCUCUCAGAACAGAAGCAGUAGAGGCAGGAAUAGAAAAUGACCAUCUAUCAUUUGCAUUUUAAUUGCACAGAUGAGGAUCCACACCUCCGGAACACUCACUUCUGUGGAAGUCUGUGAGGAGGGAAUUAUUUUGCCCCACCUCUGUCCUUUAUUGUCAUUACCUUUAAAGGGGAACUGCAGUUUUUGGGGUGAUUUUGCUUAUCGCUCACAAUCAUUAUGAAAGACUUGACGACAAAUUGAUUUUUUUAAUGCACUCUAAAUAUUAAAUAAACGUUAAAAAAAACGCCGAUGUGAGCUCCACUAUUCCGCCCAUAAAAUCCAAUAAAUAACCAUUCAAUAAGCGGCAACAAUACUCCAUUUACAUUUGGUGACUUGAAUAUUGACCAAUUAUUAGCAUACUUGCCAACCCUCACGGAUUUUCCGGGAGACUCCCGAAAUUCAGCACCUCUCCCGAAAACCUCCCGGGACAAAUUUUCUCCCGAAAAUCUCCCGAAAUUCAGGCGGACUCAGGUCUAUGCGGACCUGAGUCUGCUAACCCACAAUAUAAACAGCGUACCUGCCCAAUCACGUUAUAACUGUAGAAUGAUGGAGGGCGAGUUCUUGGUUUCUUAUGUGGGUUUAUUGUUGGGCAGUUUCAUUAACGUCCUCCCAGCGCGGUAACAACACACAACAACAGCAGUCACGUUUUUGUCUACCGUAAAGCAGUUCGUCUGCCGUAAACAGCAAUGUUGUGACACUCUUAAACAGGACAAUACUGCCAUUUAGUGCAUUUGAUGAAAGCACUUUUGUGCGUGCCACACAGCAAUGCAUCAUCAGAGAGGGUGUUCAGCAUGGUUCAAAAAAUAGUGACAGAGAAUAGAACAAGGAUGGACAAUUCAACCCUUAACUCAACAAUGAGUAGAUGAGUGUUAUGUGUGUGUAUAUGUGUAAAUAAAUGAACACUGAAAUUCAAGUAUUUAUAAUAUUUCU